AUGCUGACCCUCCCGGAGCCUCUCCUCCUGCGCCUGGUCUGCUUCCUCUCCCCCGACGACACCCUGUCCCUCGCCCAGACCUGCCGGCAUCUGGCACGCCUGGCGGGCGAGGACCUGGUCUGGCGCCGGCACUUCCUUUACCGCUGGCCCGAUGCGGGCAUGCAGGACGAGGGCGCCACCCCCGCCUGGAAGGCACGCUACAUGGCGCGUGACCGCGCGGGCGUCGCCGCGGUUUCUGCCACGGGCCUGGACCCCGCGCUGGGCCCGCUGUACCGCCACAUGGCGGACUGGAACGCGGAGGAGGGGAUGGGCGGGCGCCUGGGCCGCGCUUUCUUCGCGGGCUACAACGCCGCCAACGCGGACGAGCUCAUGCUGCGGUUCGGGGUCCGGCUGUGA